AUGAUGAUGCCUCGCCUGAUUCCUACACUCACAUGCUUUCACAAUUGUUCACCUCCUCGUAAAUUUACCGUGUUCCAGCCUUCUCCGUCACCACCGGCAGCUUCUUCAAACUCGGAAGGGAUCGUGGCUGAUUGCGUGGUGUGUGGGGACAAGUCUAGCGGCAAACAUUAUGGGCAGUUCUCGUGCGAGGGCUGCAAGAGUUUCUUCAAGAGGUCGAUUAGACGAUCGCUUUCGUAUGCAUGUCGAGGCUCGAAGAAUUGCCCCGUGGACGUGAACCACAGAAAUCAGUGCCAGUUCUGUCGGCUAAAGAAAUGCGUGAAGAUGGGUAUGAGAAGGGAAGGUGAGCGUUAG